GUGUGUGUGAGUAGCACGCUUGCAUGCUGGAGCGAGAGACAGGCAGCAGGGACUAGAAAGUGAGAGAGAGAGGUGUCUCUGAGUUUUUAUUUGCGCCAGCACAGAAGUGCUUUGUGGCUGGCCAUCUGGACUGGGGAAGGAUAUCCUUAGAAUUCAAAGUAUGCCGGCGGCUCAGAGCAGCCAGACUGUGCUGUGAGAUAAUACCAGAUCGUAGUGAGAGAAAGCAAACGCACCAGGCUCCGCUUUUCACUGGACCGACAGUAGCAGCAGCACCAGCGGCAGGAGCACUGUGGGCACGAGAAUGGAAGAAAGCCUGUCCAGCUUGACUUCGGCAUGCAACUCCUCAGCUCUGCUCAGCAACCACUGCGCUGAUGACAGUAUCUCAGGUGCCAGUGCCUCUGACGUGCAGGAUCGGCUGUCCUCGCUGGAGCUGCGCGUGCAGCAGCAGGAAGAUGAGAUCACGGUGCUGAAGGCGGCUCUGGCCGACGUCCUGCGGCGCCUCGCUCUGUCUGAGGACACGGCUGCCGCCAUGAGGAAACUGCCGCCCAGCAAAGGUCAGAACCCUCUCCGAGAGGCAUUCUCCAUGUCCUGCAUCGCCAAUGGCAGCUCCUCCAGCCGCAAGCCCAGUCACAGCUCCUCUGUGUCCGUGGCCAGGAAAGAAACACUCUCCUCCGCUGCUAAAAGCGGUACAGAGAAAAAGAAGGACAAGCCACUGAUGGAGGGCAUAAAGGAGAAGGAGGAAUCGCAGGCCAGUGAGAAAGCACCGGCCAGCCCCUGCGGCCAGCCUGCGCUGCCCAACCAAGCGCCAUCACCAACCAGUCACCCCUCUUCCCCCCAUCCUUCCCAAACGCAAAGGCACACCCAAGAAAACAAGAGCUCGGCUCCCAUCAAAAGGGGUCACAGUGUGAAGAGGGCACCUGGGAUUGAGCGUUCUCAGAGCAGCACCUGGGAGACGUCAGAAGACAGCCGCAAUAAGCUGGUGAAGGCUGCCUCCACCUCCAAACUGCUGUCCAAAGUGGUGAAGAAUGCGGAGAAGCACAAAGAGCCAGUUAUCAGCCAAGCAAAAAUGUCCACCCGAGAGAGAAACAGCCAAGAAGGAGACUACAUCAAGAUGUUCAUGCGGGGACGGCCCAUCACAAUGUUCAUUCCAUCAGACGUGGAGAACUACGAUGACAUCAGGACAGAGCUGCCACCCGAGAAACUCAAGCUGGAAUGGGUGUAUGGGUACCGAGGACGGGACUGCAGGGCCAACGUGUACCUUCUGCCCACUGGGGAGAUAGUGUAUUUCAUUGCUUCAGUCGUGGUGCUGUUCAAUUAUGAGGAACGGACACAGCGGCACUACCUGGGUCACACAGACUGCGUCAAAUGCCUUGCAGUUCACCCUGACAAAAUCAGAAUUGCGACAGGACAGAUUGCUGGGGUUGACAAAGAUGGAAGGCCGCUGCAGCCUCACGUGCGUGUCUGGGACUCGGUCAGCCUGUCCACGUUGCAGGUCAUUGGCCUGGGCACCUUCGAGAGGGGGGUGGGCUCCCUCGCCUUCUCCAAAGCCGACUCUGGAACUCACCUGUGUGUGAUUGAUGAUUCCAAUGAGCACAUGCUGACAGUCUGGGACUGGCAGAAGAAAUCCAAGAUAGCCGAAAUCAAGACCACAAACGAGGUGGUGUUGGCAGUGGAGUUUCACCCAACAGAUGCCAACACCAUUGUCACCUGCGGGAAGUCCCACAUCUUCUUCUGGACCUGGAACGGCAAUUCCUUGGCACGCAAGCAGGGCAUCUUUGGGAAAUACGAGAAGCCCAAGUUUGUGCAAUGCGUGGCCUUUCUCAAUAACGGGGACAUCCUGACAGGCGACUCGGGGGGCAUCAUGCUGAUCUGGAGCCGAAGCAUGGUGGAACCUGCGCCGGGGAAAGGCCCUAAAGGUGUGUAUCAGAUCAGCCGGCAAAUUAAAGCCCACGAUGGCAGCGUCUUCACUCUUUGCCAGAUGAGGAAUGGCACUCUGCUCACAGGAGGUGGCAAGGACCACAAAGUCAUCCUCUGGGAUCACGAUCUACACCCUGAGAGAGACAUAGAGGUCCCUGACCAAUACGGAACCAUUCGAGCAGUGGCUGAAGGCAAGGGGGAACAAUUUCUGGUGGGAACGUCACGCAAUUUUAUUCUCAGAGGGACAUUUAAUGAUGGCUUCCAGGUGGAGGUGCAGGGCCAUACGGAUGAGCUGUGGGGGCUGGCAUCACACCCUUUCAAAGACCUCUUUCUGUCCUGCGCCCAGGAUCGGCAGGUUUGCCUCUGGAACUCUGUGGACCACACCCUUGAAUGGACCAGACUUCUGGAUGAACCAGGACACUGUGCAGAUUUCCACCCCAGUGGUGCCGUUGUGGCCAUUGGAACACACUCGGGAAAGUGGUACGUUCUGGAUGCGGAGUCCAGAGACCUUGUUGCGAUCCACACUGAUGGCAACGAACAGCUGUCUCUUAUGCGCUACUCCGUAGAUGGAGCCCUGCUGGCAGUGGGAUCACAUGACAACUUCAUUUACCUCUAUACAGUCUCGGAGAAAGGCCGGAAGUACAGCAGAUACGGAAAGUGCACUGGACAUUCCAGCUACAUCACACAUCUUGACUGGUCUCCCGAUAACAAGUUCAUCAUGUCCAACUCGGGCGACUACGAAAUCCUUUACUGGGACAUUCCAGGUGGCUGCAAACUGAUCCGGAAUCGCUCAGAGUGCAAGGACAUUGACUGGGCCACCUACACCUGCGUACUGGGCUUCCACGUGUUUGGAGUAUGGCCGGAAGGGUCAGAUGGCACGGAUAUCAAUGCUCUGGUCCGGUCUCACAACAGGAAGGUGAUUGCGCUGGCUGAUGACUUCUGCAAAGUGCACCUGUUCCAGUAUCCAUGCUCCAAACCAAAGGCCCCAAGCCACAAGUACAGUGCCCACAGCAGUCAUGUGACCAAUGUGAGCUUCCAGCAUAACGACAACCACCUCAUCUCCACGGGUGGGAAGGACAUGAGCAUAAUGCAGUGGAGGCUUAUCGAGAAGGCCUCUCUGGUGUCUAGUGAGAGCCUGAGCGCGAUUGAUGGGAUGGGCAUUCAGCUUCUCAACUCCAUGCCGCGCGGAGCAGCACAGGGCUCUGGCCCCCAGGCGGGCACCCCCACGGCCUCCACGCCACCUCUCGUCCCCACUCCCCCCACGGCCACCACCCCUCCUCCCACCCCCACGGAGCCCGACACCCUUAACGGACAGCAGGAGAGCUCCCCCGACACCCCGCCCCCUUCCGACAGCACGCUGAGCCCCGAGGACAGCCUGGAGCCCAGCGAGGAGACCCCCACCCCCAGCGACGAGCAGGCCCCCAGCACUCCCAACUCCCUGCCGUCCUAGAGCUCUGCCUGGUUGCCGAGUUUACAUCCUCUGUCCUCGCCUGAUCCCCGUGUUGGGGGCUGCGUGAUCUCGCUGCAGCUUCCAGGGGGCCUCGACAAUUUUGCUUUUCAGGUUCUUUUAUGUUAUUUCUUGAGUUGGUUACGUGAGGGCAGGUCAGGGUCAGGGGUAAAGUGAAGUGGAAGCAGACAGGCUGCUGAGAAGAUAAAGCCAGUGCUGCUUCUCUUCUAGAUGUUUUGUUGUUUUUUUUUUCAGUGGGGUACAGCACACUUUUUCCAGAGAGAGCAAAGAUAAUUGUCCAGCAAAAGAGGAAAGGAACGGAGACUUCUCUUCUGCUUUGUGAUUUUAGGUCCAGUCAUAUGGCUAGGGGGUUGUGUACUUGGUGUUUUUAAUUACUUGGGAUGAAAAAAAAUAUAUACAGCUGAUUGAGCUUUGCAAAGAAGUGAAAAAAAAAUCUAAUCAUGAGAAAGCACACAUACAGUACACACACACAAACACAAAAUAUUCUGGUGAACAAUGCAACUUCAGAGUUAUUUCAAAGGGUGCAGAAAAAAAACAUGGGUUCUGUGACAAAUCAAAUUAUCUGAGACCUUUAGGAAUGAAAUGUGGUCUCUUUUUCUUGCUUUUGUUUUUUAUUUGUUCUCCUGAAAAGCUGACUUUUGAUUUUUUUGGUUGUUUUCUUUGGUUAAAUUGGGAAUUAAUUAUGCCCUGCUCACUUACAGUAUCUACAGCGAUAAAUACGAUUUAAGAAGAACACUUCAGACAGUCCAGGGAUUCCUUGACAGCAAUAACAUCCUGUGAUGGGCAUUAUAGUUGAGUAAGAACCAUAUUGAAGUAUUUAAUGGAAGAGAGCAUUGUUCCAUUGUAAACAAAGUUAAACUGUCUUUGAAUUACCUUUUCUAACAUCAUACUGGAAAGCUUUAGUGAUUUUAGUACAAAAGGCAGAGGGGAGAUCAGCGGAAAGCUGCUGUUAAUUAAGCAGUAUUUGGACUUCAGCAUGUAUGUUUGAAGACAAGCUGGCAGAGACAUAAUGACCAGGGCCUCAGUCGUGGCUUUAUAAACCAUGAACUGGCAUUAUUAAAUGAGUACAACUUAAUACUGACAUUUUUUAUAUACAUGUAUAAUUCAUGAAAAGGAAAUUGGAUGACAUACAGUACAACAACAACGUGAAUUUGCUGAGGUGAUCUUGCCUAUGCCAAAAACUCAGCUAAUUGGUAGCAAUCCUCUGCUCCAGCUGGAAUUGUACCCUAUAAAAUUCUUUAUAGCUCCUGGCUUUAAGCUGAGCCCUCAGUGAAAACUCUUGCUGGAGUGCUGAUCGAGUUGGUGGUGGAGUGUCGGGCAUGCCUUGGCCAUGGUGAGUCUUGGUCCUGGGUUGUAGUGUUUAUUUUCGGUGCACCUUCUGCAUCCUGACUGGUGAGGGACCAGACAGCAGUUUUUUUCCACACACUCCACACACUGCCACCCGGUGGUAAGAUAAGGUAGAGCAACACAGGCAAGAAGAGGUCUCCACUGAAUCGGAUAAGAAUAUACAGACUGUUAGGUAGUUUGUCAUGUUUGAUCAGCGGUGUAGGGGUGGAGGGCCACUUUGGGUAAUUUUAAAUUUUGCAAAUGUUGUGAUUGUGACUACAUUGUGAAAUGUUCAUCCUCUUUCGUGCUGUUGUUUGCGAACAACAUGCAAUAGCUGUGAACGUAACACUCAUCGAUGUUUCGUAGUUGUGGGUAUGAGUCAAUGAAGGUUCCCAUGCUCAGAAAUUUUCAGAGGUCUUGAUUUAUUUCUUGUUUGAGAUCCUCUGGAAUUAAGUCUCUUUUAUGUUCUUUUUAUCAGCCAUGUAUCCAAUGCUGUUAUCUUAUCAAAAGACAAUGAUGUCAAAUUUGACUUUUAUAUGAUGCUCCAACCAGCAAAUACACAUGGAAUAAGUGCUUACCCUCAUUUUGUAUUGAUUAUUGUUAUAAAGACUUCUCAGACAGAACAUGCAUUUCCUAUGAUCUUAUUUAUACUUCAGAUAUCUAGAUUUUUUUCAGUAAUUUGCUGCAUUUUGUAGGGUUGGUUAGAGAUUUUUUUCAGACUGAGUUUCUUUUAAAGUCUUAAGUGUGCAAAGCCAGAGUUUACGCGAUUGCGCCAUUCCAAAGUGCAUCCAAGCUGUCAUUCCCUUCCGAUAAAUCUACUCAGGAUCAAUAAAAUCAGGUAUACAGCCAUCAAGCAAGGAGGGAACCUCUUACUCUCCAAACAGCUUAUUUGCUUAUUUUUUCCAAGCAUUAGGUGAUAUUAAAUCUACUUGUAAAGGAAAUAAAAGGCUUUUCUACAUGCCAGCUGGAAGUUGCUAUUUUACUGUGGAGGUUAUGCAGGGUCAAUCUAGUUCAGUAGAGAACUUAAUCUUUAAAAUUUACUUUCCGGGCCAUGUGGUUAUAACACUAGAGUCACUGAGAGCACAAACCCUGGCUGGUAUAUUUUUCUAUGGCUAAGUACUAGAAUAGGCAAAGACUGGUUGGCCACAUGAGUCCAAGAAGUCAUUUUCUAAAGUGCCAUAAUCCUUAUUACACAUUAUGACAAAUGUUGUAUCUCUUAACAGAAUGCAUAUUCACGUGCAACCUCAGUGUUGUGUAACUGCUGGUGUGGACACAAAGAAUGUCUACAAUUUCUCCCAGAUCUCCCCCACAGUGGGAAUAAAUGCACUUAAAGAGCCAAUUCUUGCCUCUGGAAGCAUAAAACUAAACCAGGAGGAAAAACCAGGUUCAAGGGUAGACAAUGAAAUACAGGAGCAGGAAUAAGAGCUAUAUAAAUGCUCACUGCAGAGUCUUAUUUUUUGCUAUAGUUUCUCAUUGCUUCACAAGACUCUUAUUCUAGAAGUUAUAGUUUUUGAAAUGAGUAUAAAAUAUUGGUACAGAAAGGGGAUAUGUAUUCACAUUAUUUGAUGAUAAUUAUUAUGGAGACUGAUGUAGAGGAACCUUGUAGGUGUCCUGUCAGUGUCGUAUGAGUGAUCUGAUGAAGUAAUCAGAUGAAGCUGAAAGGUGUUUUGAAGAAUGGUCUGAAGCUAUAAGAUGAUGAAACAUGACAGUUCAGUAUUAUAACAUAUGUGGGAUUGGGUACAAUGAAUAUACCCUUGGAAAUCUCAAAAAUCCUUUUGAACUUCCAGCUGGUCUGAAAAGAAAACUUUUACUUUCCUUGCAUUUUAGAUCAUUACUCAAAAAUGUGUUUUUUUUUGUACGGAGGAAUGUUAAACGAUUUUGCUGUAGUUGUUGGGGUGGUUUGAUCAUUAGAAGGGGAGGAACAGGUUCUCAGAAAGACAUUUUUGGUCAGAAACAGCAACAUUGAGCAUUUAUCCCUCUCCUUACGGUCACUAGUUGCUACAUCAACAUAGCUCCUGAAGUUUUGGGUUUUUUUUUUAGUGGCAACAAAAUGCAUCCUCAAUUUCUGCACACAGUGGCUUAAGGUUAUUGCUGCAGAAUUGCAUUGCGCUUGCUUUUGGAUCCAAACCUCAUUAUGCUAGUUUGGUUCAGAUGGUAUAGUUUAAGGAAUGCAAAGUUCCGUGCAGCAGUGGCAUACAUAGUAUUUUGGAAUAAUUUCAUAAAACAAUAUUAUUACUAAGACGUGAAAGGCAUUACAUAAAUGACAACAUUCAUACAAAACACACCCAUUUGGUGCAUAUAUUCAUCUUGUCUGAAUUUCCUCACUUUCUGUUUAUGCAUUCAGUUGUGGUUAAGUUCUGUAUAUAAUGGUAUACCUGUGUGUAAAUACCUGUAGCUGAUUGUCCAUCCAUUCUGUUUAUAGGGAAAAAUAGGGAAAGCAGAUCUAAUCCAAACUUUGAGUUAAAAGAAUGAUCACUCCUUUGAACAGGCUUAAAAGAACAGAAAGUCCGAAACUCAGCAAGCUGAUGAAUCCUGAGUGAGGUGCACUUUUUAAGGUGUUUUGGAAAUUCUAAGCAGUGCUGUUGACAAUGUGCAGUGUCCAGUAGCACUGUCAUUAGAAAAAAAAUCAAAUAUCUGAUCUAUCACAUAUAACAUUUCCAGUCAUUUUAGCACAAUUGUAUGCAAUACCUUUGCAACUAGUGUAGAACUCUACAGCUUGUAGAUGUGUAAGAUACUGUAUAUGCACUAAGUGCUGAAGCUCAGAUGAUAUUUAAGAGGGAUGUUCCAUUUGUCUUAACUAGAUGAAACCAGGGUAUUCUAACCCUGACUGCCUUGUCUUUCUGAGAGCAGUGUUCUGGUUUGUAGUGCAUAAGUGACCUUUAACCUGCUUCCUUAGAAACUGCUGCAGUCAGUUAAUCGGGGCCUCCAGUCAAAUGUGUGAAUGUCCCCAAGAUUACUGCUUUGCUUUCUCAGAGGAACCGGGAAUGCAGCAGAGGUUACAGGGAGAAUAACUCCCACUUUUCCACAGUUCUCCCCUUGGUUUGGACGGAUGGCCACACUGCAGAAUCCUCAGAAGUCCAUAACCUAGGUUAAAGUAGUGGAUAGUGACCACGAAGUGUAAACAGUCAUUUAAUUAAGGAUUUCUGGGGUUAGCUUUCAGCCAACCAGUUCAUAAACUACAAAAAGACCAUGGUACAAGUACAGCAUAAAGCUGCUCGAAUACAUAAUGCUGUAUCAUAUAUGAAUAUAAGUAUUUGGCCAAAGUAUACCUGCAGUGUUUGUAACAGGCAUUUUGGUGAUGUACAGUAUCUGUCUGUGGUUUAAUUUCUGUCAUUUCAAAAGAUGAAGGGCUCGUUUUUGUUGCUGCAGUUUCUGAGUCAGGUGGGCUAGAAUCCAAAAUAAAACACAUAAUUCCCAAAUUGAUAUAAAAUGUCAGCCUUGAAUAAAUUCCUGUCUAGCUGUGAAUGUAGGGUGACUUUCCAGGCAAGAAAGAUAUAGUGGGGUGUUUGGAAAGAGAGAGGGUAGGAUCUCACUUCUGCUGAAAAACUGGGUUAGAGAGCCUUUAAGCUCAUAUUUGCAAAUGCCUUUAUAGGUUUUGAAAUUAGGCAUCCUUUGUGUAACUGUUACAGGGCAAUGAUUACAGAAGUUAAUGUGCGGGACAAUGUAAUUGUUGAAGCUGUUGCGAAAUGGAGAAGAAUAAUGAAAACAAAUCAUUAAUGAGAUAUAAAUGACAAAAAAGGUGUUUCACGUGAAGAUGUUUGAGCCAUUCUGUCUCUCAUGCAUUCCUGUCACAAGGGCAGAAAAAAACUGAAGAUUUAAAAAAAAAUAAAAAUGAAAAGUGAGUGAAAA